UCCAGUCGGACACAAUAACAUUGCUGCAGCUGUAGUCCGGGUUGUUUUCACUGGGACAUGAUUAAAUGUGGCGGUGACAGAGGGACUCGAACUGUGACAUGGACCCGGCUCACAGAGCCGUUCUCCGGAGGAACACGCGCUAUCUGUCCGCGGAGCUGCAGGUCAGCGACUCCAUCGUUCCGCUUCUGUUCCAGGAGGAGAUUCUGACGGAAGCUCAGGUGGAACACAUCGAGUCUCAGGCCACGAACACCAAGAAGACUCUGCGGCUCCUGGAGCUGCUGCCCCGCAGGGGGCCCCGGGCCUUCCGCUGCUUCCUGAGGGCCCUGGACGACUUCAGCUGGGUCCGAGACAGGCUGCUGCUGGACCUCCACACACCCGGACCCGGAGCUGAAGCUGGACCCGGACCUGAAGCUGGACCCGGACCUGAAGCCGGAGCUGAAGCCGGAGCUGAAGCCGAAGCUGAAGCUGAAGCUGGAGCCACAGACGACCGGCAGCUUCCUGAGUUGGUUCUCCAGAGGGUUCCUUCAGAUCGGGAGUUGUCCCGUCUAGCGUCUCGACUCGGGGCUGAGUGGGAGGUUGUGCUGAUGGACCUGGGUUUGUCUGCGGAGGCUUUGUUUCGCCUUCGGUCCGAUCAUGGUCUCAGCACUCAUGGGGCGGCGCUUGCCGGCCUGGUUCAGUGGAGACGAUCUGAGGGGAGGAGAGCCAGGGUCCAGAGGCUGCUGGAGUCUCUACAGGCCGCUGACAUCCACCCGUCUGUCCUGCAGGACGCCCUGAUAUGAAGACGUGCUGAGGACAACUGUGGACGCUCAGCAGGACAAGAGUGUUUGAAACAGUUAGGACGAGAUGACUGAGUCUGAGACAAGAGACGACAUGUUGCUCAGCCACACACACACACACACACACACACACACAUUAAUUCCUCAACAGUUCCUGCUGGUUUUCUAUUGGACUCUGAGAUUUAAGGUGGACUGAAGAGAUAGAGAACCUGAACUGUCACUGAGCUGUGAAACUGUUUCUGUCUGAAACUAUGAUUUGACACCAAAUUCAGACUAGAAAUGUUUAUCAUACACAAUUUAAUUGAUAAAUCUUAAUUUGUCUGAAAUGUGUUUUAGUCAGAGAUCAUACAUUUAAAGUCCCAGAAUAAAGUCAGGAAACAACAAUUAAAAAGUCAAGUUGAUAAAGUUGAUCGUAAAAAGUGACAAAUGUUUUCUCACACAUUCAGAUGUCUUUG